GCGAGGGAGCAGAGAGUUGAGAGGAUAACAUGGAGAGAGUCCAUUUACAUAGGAGACAUACAAGAGACAGACACUGGUUACCUUGAGAGAGGUAAAAAAGAGAGAAUAGUCCACUUUGUCCACUCUGUCCAAAGGAGCGGGAGCGAGAGCCGAGGGAUCGUAACACUGGAGCUCAAGGAUAAACCAUGGACUCUGCAUACAUCCCACCACACCUGGACGUCCACCAUGUUCCCUGCUAACCUACUGCUCCUCAUGGUCCUGCUGCUACCUCAAGCCUCAUCUGGUCGCCAGGGUGGAGACACCAGCAAAAUUGACCAUGGAAGAGUGGCCCCGGUGCCUUCCUCCUUGUUGCACCCACCAGCUAGCUCCCUCCUCCAGGAGCCCAGUCUGGCACAGACCAUCCAGAAUCUCCUCCUGAGCCGACUCGGCCUGCAGUCUCAGCCCGACCCUCGGCCUGGAGUGCCGGUGCCCGGCUACCUCCUGGAUCUUUACCGCUUCCACCAGCAGCAGUACCAUCUAGUGGAGGAUCCUUUGUUUAGCUUCCCCAGCCAGCACAUCCAAGAGGCUAACACCGUACGAAGCUUUCACCACAAUGAGCCCCUUGGAGACAGUCCUAUAGCAGAGGAUCGUAAGAGGGUGCACAUAUCCUUCAAUGUUUCCUCCAUCCCUCAGGAUGAGAGGGUGCUCUCCGCUGAGCUUCGGCUCCUCCGCAGUGACAGAGCCUCCCUGGGUCCUGGGGCCCACAGACUUAACCUUUACCUCACUGAGCAUCAUGGGGACCCUGAGCCCACCCUGCUGGAGACAAGGUUACUCACCACUGGCCUCCAAAGCCAUAAAACAAGUGGUUUCUGGGAGGCUUUUAGCCUGAGGGCAGAGCUUCUCCAUAAGGCCCUUGCUGGGACUGGCAGCCUGGGCUUCCUUCUGGAGGUCAGGCCUGAGAACAGCACCACCUCACUCCCUGACCAAAACCUCUCCUCUGCUGCAGGUGAGGAGGAGACAGAAAAACACAAACAGGGACACCUGAGGGUAUGCAGGUCAGUGGGUCAGGACGAACACAGCUGGGCCCAGGAAAGACCUCUCUUGGUGACUUAUAGUCAUGACGGCCGUGGAGAGCCCUUAGUUAAACAUGGCAGGAGGACCCCCAAUGGAGGCCAGAGGAUGAGAGGGAGAAAAGGGACAAAAGAAAGGGCCAGGAGCAGCAGCAAGGGCCGCAAUAGAGACCAAGCAUUGGGAAGGGGUAGGAAAAAGGCGUAUUCAGUGCCGGAAUGGGGGGUUGAUAAAGGAGGGGUCAGUUGGAGUGACCGUGGAAGGGUGAAAAGAAAUGGUGGUCGUGCUGCUAAACUGAAACGCCUUUCCCGCAACAGAUGCCGCCGUCAUCCUCUAUAUGUAGAUUUCAACGAUGUGGGCUGGCACAAGUGGAUCAUUGCACCCAGCGGCUAUGACGCCUUCUUCUGCCUGGGAGAAUGUCGCUUUCCUCUGGCUGACCACAUGAACUCCUCUAGCCACGCCAUGGUGCAAACUCUGGUAAACUCUGUGAAUGGAGCAGUGCCCCGGGCCUGCUGCGUCCCCACCUCCCUUAGUCCCAUCGCCCUGCUCUAUCUGGACCCUCAAGACCGAGUAGUGCUGAAGAAUUAUCAGGACAUGGUGGUGGAGGGCUGCGGCUGCCGGUAGUGAGCUGGAGGACUCACCCAGCGAAAAGCUAGACGUGGAUGGAGGAGCAUCGAGGGAAUAAGACAGAAGCAUGAAAAGGCAGAUUUUGGGAAGAAGAGACUGUGGAAGCCAAAUUACUGCAAACAGACAUGGUGAUUGAUAGAGACAAAUGUAGCAGCGUAGGAAGGUAUGAAUGGAGAGGAGGGCAAUGAAGAAAUGGCUAUAGCAGCUAAAUCUUCAUUAUCCGGAGCAAGAAAAAGGGUCAGGCACAGAAAGAGAAAGAAAAAAGUGAGAGAAACAGACAAAUCUGCCACAGCACAGGAGAACUGAUCAGACAGCAAGGCAGAGGAAGUAAAAUUAUGGUCAAAACUGCCAGCAAUUACGUUCCACUUUCACCAAUUUACCGAUGAUGCUGUUUACACCAUCAGCUGACAGGCGACUUGUUCUCUCACAAGAAGCCAGCGCUUUAACAUCAGAAGGUGUCUGUUCUAUAUUCCAGUGUUUUGCCACUCAUCGCACUCUCACACAGCUGCCAGACAGGCACAUGCACAUGUGUUUAGCAGCAAAAAUGGUAAUAAAAAAUACAGAGUAGGCAGUCGUGGACACAGUUUAAGCUUUGCAGCAGAAUCCUGUGACUUCCUGAUGGACCUCCUGAUGAUCAUCAGCAUUUGCAAUACGACGAUGACACUAGCAUCUAAACUCUAUGUGACAGUGUUGUUUCUGCAGUAUUUGAACCCAGAAGUAGGGUGCAUCUGUUUUUAUGAGCGUUAACAUACUGACAGACUGUCCCCCUCACAAGCACCCCAAGCUAUUUAAAACCAAAACAAUAAUGCUGAGGAACUAUUAUGCUAUUGUUUGAAUGUACUACUAUCACUAUUAUUUAAAAACGAGACUUUUUUUGUACAUUUCUUUUGCAGACGUGAAGAAAAUCCAAAUGAUGGUUGUCUUGUGAUAAUACAUAAUUCCACUGAAUGGCGAUUCUAACUUAAAAGACACAUUAUGUAUUUAAAUAGCAGCAAUAUGGUGUAUUUAAUCUUGAAAAUAUUUAAGAUAUGUGCACUCAACAGAGCAUACAGCAAACAGAAAGCCUGCCCUCCACAUGAAGUAAGUUAUGGUAGCUUUCCAUCCGUACAAAUUAUCAGUGUAUUGAAUCAACAGUAUGUGUUUCUUCAGCCUCCCACCUUAUCACUGCACACAUUUUGGUGUCCUUCACAUGUAGCAGACAUAAGUGAUGUUGCCUUUAAAAGCUCAACUAACAAGUCAAUUGAAAGCUCUGUGUAUUGUAGCUACUGAAGUGUUUAACAACAGGUGUCUUUGCUAGUUGUGUCUGCAUGUGUCAAGAAAAAAAGGACUGACAUUAAAACUGGGACUCUAGUGCCUUUCAAACAGGGGCUUUAAAAGUGUUCUCUGCUGAGCUUAAUAAUUGUUUUUCAGUGUUGCAUUUUUCUCUCUAAAUGGAAACAUUUAAGCAACAGCUUGUAAAAUGUUUGACAAUAUACCUCUAAUAAACAGAGCAA